AUGGAUCCGCUCGACAAGCUGAGCAGAGAGAAGUUGAUCUUCUAUCUGACAGUGCCGCUGUCAACGAUCAUCAUCUUCUCCAACCUCUUCAUCAUCAUAGGCAUCGCCUGCAACCGUCAGCUGCACAACACCCCAAAUUACUUCUUCUUGAGCCUGCUAGUGGCCGACUUGUGCACUGGCAUCGCCCUGCCCUUCAUUCCCCGCAUGACACUCGACCGGCAGCUGGAUUUCAAGCACUGCUUGGUGAUGUACAUCUUCCCCAACUUUCUGUUCCUGUCGUUCCUCUUCAAUCUGGUGAUGGUGCAUUAUGAACGCUACCUGUGCAUCGUCAGCCCACUCCACCACAGCCAGUUCUGGGUUCACCGCUGCUUCCCAUUGGCUUUGUUGACAGUUUGGCUCCCACCUUUGCUGUAUGCAUCACUUCCCGCCUUUGGAUGGAAUAAUUGGGUGGAACCCAAUCCCAACAAGCGCUCCGACUCAAACGAGACGUUCUUGAGAUCAACCACGUCUCAAAACUCCACCAAAGAGGAUGAGGCUUGCUCCUACAAACAGGUUUUUCCCAAGGCUUUCAUUUAUUUGGAAGUGUGCGGACUGGUGCUUCCGGCCAUGCUGUCCAUUGUAGCCAUGAUGGGGCGAGUGUUGUGGAUCGCGCGCAAACAGCUGCAGGACAUCUGUAAGCUUCAGCGUGCCGUGGACCGUCUCCAGCAGCAGCAGCCUUCGGAUCACGAGCAGCAGCUUAACCUGCGCUAUGCCAAAUGCGUGGCUGCCGUGUCCCUCACCUUCCUGGUCUGCUGGGUGCCAUACAUCAUCUACCAGCUCAUGUCCGUGACAGCGCUGCAGACCGGGGUGAGCUUGCAGAGCUCUUAUCUGUACAUCAUCAUGUCCUGUACGGGAAUCGGGAGCAUGGCCAUCAUUCCGCUCAUACUGGGACUGGCCAACAAGCAGUACACCGAACCCAUCAGCAGGCUGAUGCUUAAACUGAGAAACCGCUGGAGAGGAGGACGGAAUAACAGAGAUGUUAUUGAACAGGAUGUUUGAAUUUAAUGUAUAAAUGAAAGAUAUGAUAUGCAUUAAAUGCUUUACACUACUGUUAAAAAGUUUGAACGUGCUCAGAUUUUUUAAUACUUUGGGGAAAAAAAAGGUCUCAUGAAGGGUGUAUUUUGUUCGAUAAAAAAUGCAUCAACUUGAAAUAUCAUUACAAUUUCAAAUAGCUGUUUUCCAUAUGAAUCAUAGACUGUAUAAAAACAUGGACGUGGUGACAUCACCCGUAGACUCCUGAUGAGAGUUUUUGAAGCUCAAAGUGGGCGGGGCUUGCCAUCAGCAUUUUGGCAGCAAGUCACCGUGCUUCAUUCCCGGAUCUUCGAAAAUGGGCAAAAAGGCGGGAGCUGGUUGCUGAAGCCAUGCCCACCUAGCUCAAUGGCAGUGUAAGCAGCGGCAAUCCACCUGUCACUCAAGUGGCCACGCCCUUAAAUAUGCAAAACUUUAAGGCUUAAUAUAAUUUAAACGGAUGAGUUGUAAAAAAAAUUUACCCCCCUCACAGUUGUAAUGAAGGGCAAAAUUAGCUAUAUAAACCGAAACCACUUUUUGAACAAGGCUAUAAACAUUUAUUUCUGCUGUAAAGUUGGGCAUUUUAACUUUGUCUAUGGAACUGACGCCCUUUUGGAGACAGCCUCCAGCGGCCAGUCGAUGAUUUACAGUUUUAGUCACUUCCGUGUAGGCUUUAAUAGAGAGAGCGGGAAGUUGCUGCUCCAUAUGAAUACAUUUUAAAAUGUAAUUUAUUCCUUUGAUCAAAGAUGAAUUUUCAUCAUUAUUACUCCAGUCUUCAGUGUCAAAAGAAAUCUUUUGUAACAUCCUAAAUGUCUUCACCAUCACUUCAAAAUUGAAUGCAUCCUUGUUCAUUAAAAGUAAUGUUUUCUUAUUUAAAAAAUUAUUGAUCCCACAUUUUCGAACGGUGGAGUAAAAGAACAAAACAGUAAUCCCAUCUGUCUUUUUUCAGAGAGUUUUGUGUUGGCACUGAAAAUCAUCCGUAUAGAUGUUCAUCUUGUAUAUAUUUUGGUAUGCCUUGCAUACUUAAAUGUUCAGUUUUCUGUGAUGUAUUUUGCUUUGUUGUUGCACAUUGUGCAGAUAAGUCACCAAGAUAAAGACAUCUAGUUGACUAAUGUUGAGUGCAAAAAUGACUUCUCAAUCUUGGAUAUAUCAGUAAAAAUAUGUUUAAAACUACAAA